UUUUAGGAAGUUUGCGGAGAGGGAAUUGUGAUCGAUUCUUAAACGUGUCUGUGAACCGAGCUCUUUUACUUCCAGAUGCUGCUGGACCAGGACUGACUGUUCCCAGCAGGGUGUUGCUUUAGGCAGAUUGCACAGUGCGAUGGAAAGCUUCAGAAACAUUGCCGAUGAGACCUUUCCCAGCUUCCUAGCCAAUUCACUGAAUAGCAGUGCCAGCAUCCUUGUGGAAGAUGUCACCAUUUCCUCCAACCCCGGCCUACCUGUUGCAGCUUCAACUGUUGCCAAGAACAAAGCAGGCCAUGACAGUAGGGUUUCUGAUAUCCGGGCAUCUUAUUUAGAAGAAGGGAAGCACUCGCCUCCAUCCCUAUCUUCUCACAGUAGCCAGUUGGAUCCUGAGCCAAUGGGGAGGUUUGCCAUCAGUUUUCAUGAUGACAUGGAAGUUGCUACGCUGGUUGAAGAACCUCAACCUGCAAUUGUUAGUCUCAGAGAAUCCUAUUCAGUGGCUGGAGAUCAAGACCAGAAUGUCAUUGAGCAUUCAAAUCACAGUCAAGAUACCUUACUUGAGGUAUUACCACUUGAACGAUUGGAAGAUUUACCUACUGGAAUAUGUUUUCUUCCAGAAAGUAAGGAUAACAAGGUUAUUCCAUCUGAACCUUCAGAAAAACUGGUAGAAACUGAAACCUCAAGUGAUCAUCUUAGCGUUAGUCUUUCAAGUUUUUUAGAAAAUGAGAAACUCUCAUCUCUUUCAAGCUUAGGAGGAGAUUCCACAGAUGAUGAUAUUGAUGAUGAAGAGUUCUUUGAUAACCAACUGGAAGCUUAUUUUGAGCAGCUAAUACCACCUGAAGUGAUCAGAGGAGACAAUGACAUAGGGAAGCUUUCAGAUUGCUGUACAGCUCUGAAGCUUUCUGAAAAUGGCUUGCUUCAAGAGGACUUCCAAGGUCCCAGUCAGUACCAGGCUGUGACAGAAGGAGACUCAGGAAAUGCUAGUGAUGAAGGCUCACAAAAGCAAGGGAUGACUGGGUGUCCUGUGCAAAUAGAAAAACUGCCCCGAGCGAGAAGACAACUGAACUCCAUGACAAGCAGAGAUGUGCUGGAAUCCUGCAGUGCUGCUGAGUUGUGUUUAGAUUCACUGUAUCUUCAGCGCAUCAGCAGCCAUAAAGCUGAUGGCGAGGGUGCUCUUUCCAAGCAAGGAGUAUGGUCCUCUGAGCAUCAGUCUGCUGCUUCUGAUAGUGAAGUGCUACAUCCAGCAGAAGGGUUUCUGGAGCACUACACCGAUCCUAGAAUUCCUCUUAGUGCAGAUGCACCUGGGACAGCUGCAGGUUCAGCUGGGUGUGAGGUUGGCCUCUCUGAUACUUACUUGUCUCCAACUGCAGACAGCUGUCAGAAUAAAAGUUUAGCUACAACAGACACAGGUGAUGCACCACAUAGCAUUGUUUAUCAAAACGAAGAAGGCAAAUGGGUGACCGAUCUUGCUUACUAUACCUCAUUUGAUGAAGAACAAGAUUUAAACCUGUCUGAGGAUGAUAAAAUAAAUGAGUUCAUAACUGGAUCUGAAGCAGCAGCAGUGAUUGCACAAGACCAGGAAGAAUUUGAAAAAGCACACAGACUUCUGCAGGCAGAAAAAGUAGACAUUCUAAAUGCAUCUGAAUUAGCGAAUUCUUCAUGGAAAUCUGCUGGUAGCUGCCUUCUACCAAAAAUGUCUGAUGUUAGUAAAGAUGCCAGCUACUUACGUUUGUCUCUGGGAGAGUUCUUCGGUCAGAGGUCUGAAGCUCUUGGUUGUCUUGGUGGAGGCAGCGAUGUGAAACGGCCUUCUUUUGGUUAUCAUAUUACAUCUCCGAAGACAAGGCAACCUGUUGCUUUGCUAAGGCAAUUUGAUGCAUCAGUAGGUGACAUUACCCAAGAAACUUCACAAUUUUCUGAAGUGUUUCCAGAAGACUUGGAAGCUCAAGCAAAAGAACAUGCAGGUUCUACCAGCUGCAAAGGUGCGUGGUGUAGUGUGGAGGCUGCAGCUGGAAUACAAAAAAGCAUUAAUACAGAAACUGCUUCCAAAAGUAAAGCAAAGGAUGGAGUUAAUGAAGACAAGUUGGAAGGUGGCUUAUCUAAUCAUUCUGACUCUGUCCUCAGUAUUAGCACAAUUGCCUCUGCUAUUGCUAAUGCUUCUUGCAGUGCUGAUCCUUCCCAGUUGGCUGCUAUGAUGAUGACACUCUCCAAUAAAAAUAGAAAAAAGUGUUUCCUUCCUGGAAUUGUUAAAGAGAUGGAACUCACAGCUGAUCAGGCAUUAUCCAGCCAUGUGGAAAACAGUACAUUUGAUAUGGAAAAAUACCUCAAAAAAACAGAUGAGAUUGGACAUGAAAGUGAGCGUGAGAGUAUUGUAAAACUUGAGACAUCUGUCCAGAGCAGUAUGUCUGAAGGCGCUUUUCUGGGUAAAGUUAAAAACAAAGAAACUCUUGUAGAAGACUUUUUAAAUGAUCAUAAUGAGCAGCAACUAACAGAGGAGCAGUUUCUGGAUUAUUUUAAUGCAGAAAAUGGUACUCAGAAUAUCUCUAGCUCAUCUGAUGCUUCCAGGCAUGAAGACAGAGCUGCAAAUAGUGAUAAGUAUUCAGAGAAGUUAUCUGAUAUAUUAAAUAGUAAACAUGUGCAGUUGAUGAGUGCUACUCUUAAAUCUGAUGUGUUGGAUACCCAAACUUCACCUAAUAGAAACAAAGCACAGACAUGUGAAACUCCUUUAGCAUCUAAAAGGGAAAUGGCACAGAGACUUCUGUUUGCUCAGCAGGCUGACAAUUUUACUAGCAGAUGUUGUAGCUGGGAAGAUGGAGGAACAGUAGAUAGAGUGAAAAAUGCUGUUCCCGAACCAUGUAAUGGUUUGGAGAGAAGUACAAGAAACAUCAUGCCACUCAGCAAUGUAAAAUCUACCAAACAACCUGGUAAAUAUGUCUCAGUAAGUCCUACAAAAGCAAAGCCUGUGCAAAAAUUGAACACUGAUGAAGAGACGCAAAGCACAAAGAUGGAGGAGAGAACCAAAGAGAGCAGUGCUGCUGGCAGUGGGAAUGUGAAACAUGUAACUUUUGAGAAGCUCUCUUCAACUUCCCAAAAUAGUACUGAGCAUCAAUCCAUGCUCCCUGAAUGUGACUUGCAGCCUUUGGAGGAUGAGCAGUAUAGCUUCAGGCCUUCAACUUCACCGCUGAUCCACUCUUCUCCUAGUGACACUUCUGGAACAGCGUUUUCAGGGUCUGAAGCUGAUUUUAUUAGCACAUCACAUCAUCCAAAAUCAUCUUGCAAGGAGAGUACUGUAUCUCAGUCAGUUUACUCAAGCCCAAGCAUGAGCAGAUUAACGUAUGUCUCUGAAUCUGACAGUACGCUUAAGAAUACAUCUGUAACAUCUGAGCCAGAGACACACUGGAGUGAAAAUGCAAGUGAACUAAGUACAACGAUAAUUCGAGCCAGCCCAACUCCUUCACAGGAACAAGCAAACAAGAAUUUAGAAGACUACUUGUGCCAAAGAAACCGCAGAGGAAUACAGUUCAGUGUUGAUCAGAAAUCAGAAGAAAAUGAACUGGCGCAUCCUGAAAGAAAGCUUGAAGGCCAAGGUCAAGAACUGACCAAGGAAGAUCUUCCAAAGAAUGAAAGGCAGCUUACCUCAGCUGCCUCAAAAGUAGCAGCAACUCUUAAAGAGUUAGACCCUGUUAUAUCAGCUCUUGCAAGUAAAUUUUGCGUCUUUCAGCCACUUCCUGUUAAUGUUGGUGCACAAGAAGUAUGGCAGGAUCAGACAAAUAAAGCACAGAGCCAGGGGUUGCCAUCCUUAAAUGCGUUGCCUGUAUAUCCUGGAUUAAGAACUUGUAUUCCGAUAAAUCAAAACGCUCCUGGUGAACGCUAUAUUCCUGUUUCAAGCUUUAAAUCCCACAUCACUACCUCUGAAAGUCAAACAGUUUCUUCUGUUGCCACGUUACUUCCAGGCCAUUCCUUGGCAACAACUCAAUUUGCGCAGCAGCAUCUAGGAAACAUACCAUCUACUGGAAACAAAGUUUUGCCUCAGUUUCAUGGCUGCAGCUCUGCUGGUUUUAGUGUACCACCAUCAGGGCUUCCUUACUCGAGCAUCUCAGCAGGACAUGUGGAAAAUCCAGUUCCAGUAGGAAUCCCUUUGGGUUCAAAUAUUGGUCCUGGUUCUUUGGGUACAGCUGCACUUUGUCAUCCACACUCUUCUUCCUGGAACAAGAACAUCUUAAAUAUAAGAUCGUGUACUGUACAACCCCUUGGGACUAGUAGAAAUGAGUGGGACUUUUCAAUGACACCUGGUGUUGGACGUGUAAAAGUGCCAGAAGAGCUGAAGUUCCCUAAUGCCUGCUGUGUGGGAAUUGCAUCACAGACAGCACUUAGCAUUUUUAAUCCAACUGAGCGGUGGCUGCAGGUCAGCAUUGGGAUACUCAGUAUAUCAGUCAAUGGGGAAAAGGUGGAUCCUGCAAAAUAUCAGUGUCUCGUGUUCAAGAACAAAACGAUUGUAGGACCCCAUUCUACUGAUGACCUGAAAAUACUGUUCUUACCUUGUCAUUCAGGGAUCUUCCAGUGUAUUCUCAGUGUUUCAUCUUGGCCACUUUCUGCAGAUGCUGAGACAGUCGUUCAGGCAGAAGCUUUGGCAAGUAGGGUAGUUCUGACAGCAGUUGCUGAAAAUCCUAAUUUAGAAGUAGAAACGGGAAAACAAGAUUAUCUGGAUUUUGGUGACUUGACUUCUGGCAGUUGGAAGGCUCUUCCGUUAAAAAUUAUCAACAAAACCCACGCUUUUGUGCCAAUUAGACUUAUUAUUAAUGCAAACGCAGUAGCUUGGCGUUGCUUCACGUUUUCCAAGGAACCAAUUAAUUCUUCUAAUGAGCAAUCGCUCCAAAUGGAUACAGUUGCUCAGGUAGCAGCUCCAUCCGUUGUAAAUCAUGUGAUCCAUGCAAGCUAUGAUGGACAAGAUCCUGAGGUUUUAACAGUUUGGGUUCUGUUCCAUGCACCUAAGAAACAAAUUUCUUCUUCAGAUGCCUUGGGUCCAGCAGAAGAAUUCUUGGCAAGAGUUGAUGUGGAAGUGGAUAGCCCAGGACCUAGUAGUGUGAUUGAAAGUAUUCCUCUCCGAGCAAGAGCUGGAACAGCCAGGAUUCAUGCUCCAAAGGACUUACAGACAAUACAUCUGUCUGCUAGUGUGGGUUCAACAGCCAAACAACAAUUGCCAUUGAAGAAUGCUGGAAACAUUGGUGUAAAUUUGAAACUUAAGACAUCAGGACAGGACAGUUGCUUCUCUGUUGAACCUGAUGAUCUCUUCCUUCUUCCUGGAGAAGAACGAGAAGUGACUGUAAAUUUUUCUCCAAAAAAUGUAACGUCUACUCGAAGUGUUUUGAAAAUCCUUGUGUUGCCAUCUGGGCCUCAGUACGAAGUGGUGAUAAAAGGUGAGAUGGAGUCAGUGGAAAAUAGACCUGUGCCUACAGUUGCUGCAGAUAUUCCACCUAUUCUCUCCAACAAGCAGUUCAUUGCUUGGGGAGGAGUAAAGCUUGGAGAAUCAGUCCAACAGAAGUUAACUUUAAGAAAUAACUCUCCAUCUGUGACUCAGCAUUUAAGACUGGUGAUAAGAGGUCAGGAUCAGGAUUGUUUUCAGGUGACUGUAAAGAAAAUUUCUCUUUAUCAUUUGUGACAUCAGGAUAAUGUA